AUGACCGCUCGUCUUCAUUCGUUGAGGCAUCAGGAGAAGAAAUCGGCCGGCAAUAGUCACAGACAACAUCACCAUCAUCAUCAUCAACAAUCUCAGCAUCAACAGAGCGUCCAUCAGGGUCCCAGUCCGGCAGCUAGUCCUAGUCCUAGUCUGAGCCCGAGCCCUAAACACUCGGACGGUCGUCGAGCUAACAAACCACUAAUGGAAAAGCGACGGCGAGCGAGGAUCAAUCAGUCGCUGGCGGCGCUGAAGGCGCUUAUCCUUGACAGCGCCCGGUUGGAGAACACGAAGCAUAGCAAGCUUGAAAAAGCUGACAUUUUAGAAUUAACAGUUCGGCAUUUGCAAAGGCAGAGAUCUCUUGCUCAGCCUGGCUUAUCAAGGUAUAAGGCUGGCUACCAAGAUUGCUCUAGAGAGGUAAGUCGAUACCUCGAUGCACCGGACAUUAUCACCGGGAAUACGACGCCGAUGGACCCAGCGGUGAAACAGAGGUUAUUACGGCACUUGGAUAGUUGCGUAUCAGAAUUGGACCUGGAUCUGGGUUCGAGGCCGGAUAGCGGAUUAGGCAGCAGUCCCGGAAGCGUGACGGAUCGAGUGACGGGCGCGGGUAGUCCCGGUCCGUUGGAGCAUCACGUGCCGCCGACCGCGCAUUGCAGUACAGCUCUGAAUCCGGCCGGCUUGAUAAAAGCAGAGAUUCCGGACAUCGAGCCAGCCAGGCCGGACAGUAGCACUGCCGGCGACGAAAAUAACAAUAACAGCAGCAGCAGUAGCGGUGGCAACAGUCGGCCGACUUCUGCCUUCGGUCAGCUAAAUCCCGGUAGCCUUGAGUCUCAUCAUCACCCGCCCCCGCCUCCCCCGCCGCCCGGUAUACCGGUGAUCGAUCAAACAGCCUCGAAUUCCCAACAAAAUCCAAACAUGCUGUCGGUCGUGCAGGUGAUACCCUCGAGAUUGCCCGACGGCCAAGUCGUCUUUCUCCUCCCUAGUCAUUACGUUCAGUUAGCAGCGGCCGCCGCCGCGAACGGCAUCAGCAUCGGGCCAAACCCGCCCACGGCCAUUUGGGCCGCCACUAACAUGUCGUUGCUGAAGGCGACGGACAAGCUCGCGAAACGGCCCCACGAAGACAUGCAGGAGUGGCAGGACGCGGCCUCUGUCGCCGCUAAUGCUGCUGUUGCCGCCGCCGCAGCCGCCGCCACGUCCGCCAACGCUUCCGUCUCCGCUUCCGUUUCCGCAUCUGCCCCCGCGUCCACCUUCGCCGCGAACGCCUCGUCCGGUCCAAAGCCUAGCAAAAGUCCAAGGCUCGAGCCGCCCGAGCAGCCGCUCGAUUUCACCACCACCUCGAAAAGGCUGAAAACAGGCGCCAGGACCCCGAUGCCCGUAAACGCCGUCGACCAGCAUCAUCAUCAUCACAACCUUCAGCAGCAGCAUUUCGCGACCCGUCUGGUCGGUGACGGUUCGAUCGCCACGCACGACGACAGGCCGUCCAGUCACGCGAGCGGCGAGUUCGUCACGGGGAUUCGUUCCCCGUCCCCCCUGCCCCAGCAGCCCGUCAGAGACGAGGAGGGAAUGUGGAGGCCUUGGUAAACGGACAAGCGACGAUUCCUUCCGCGUGCAGCGUCGAACUGGGUCUCUAUCGCCUAGGGUGGGUGUGCGCGUGUGUUCGCGCGUGUCUCGUUAUCGGACGAUACGGUUAGGACAUGCCUCCGAGCGUGUCGCGUUCACCGAUGCGACGACACUUGCCGGGUUAUCUCGAUAUCGAUAGACUCUGCUGUUCCCCGCCGAGUGAAACGUACAUCGAGAAAGAAACGAACGCCGUGACAAUGGCGGCCGUGCGCGUCCCAGACGCCACGAGGACGGAGCUGAUUCCGUGGACUCUUUUCGAUCCGUUUGAACACUUUCGAUCGAUCGUUCGACGAGACAAAAAUUGUUCGUAGGAUACUACACGUUUGUCGUUCGAUGGUUUUAUUGGGUCGCGCGAUCCCUCGCCUUCCGACGCCGCGGAGGGACCGAACCCGGGAGUUCGGCCAGGAUGGAAGGGGAGGGCGACCCGGCGAACGACGAAACGCAUCGUUUGACGUCUUAGCGAUGCGAGGAAACGUUACCUGUUUAAAACGUUGAAAGAUAAUGGUUUCGCGUAUAUAUGUAUAUGAGAAAAGCAUCUAGCACGUUUUAGAAUGCGGCGGCGAAGCGUUCACCGCCGCAUAGUACCUACCUUUAUUCCGCCGUCGUGUAAAUAGCCCCGUUCGGAAUUAUAAGCGAUGCCGAGUAUAGAUUUAUUUUGAUGUUAACUAGGUGUAUAUGCGUACAAAAUAGCGUAGAGAGAGUGAAAGGAGCGCGACCGAAUCUAUAGCGAAUGUGUUUCCAAGAUCAACAUUUUCGCGUUCUAGGUGAAUCCACGGUUCUGACCCGACCGA